AAAAAUCAAGAAACGCCUAACCCCACCAUUGCCUUCACCGCGCUUUCUCUCUCUCUCUGAGUCUCCUAACCCUCUCUCUUUCUCAUCCCAAUCCCUUUUUCUUCUUCUUCUUCCCUUCGCCUUUCAGAUCUCCCUCUCUCUCCUUUUAUUUUUCUUCCCUUUUUGUUUUUUCUUCGGUGUUAGGAUCUAGGGCUUUUAAUUCCCCCCUUUACUUGCACCGCUUCACUUUUUUCUGUUUUCUCCUUUCUAGGGUUCCGAUUUCCCCUUCAAUUAUAUUUUCCAUCAAUUCCUCUUAAAAAAGAUCAAAAAUUGUUUUCUGGGUUUCGGAUUGUUUGAUGCUUUCAUUAGUCUGAGAAAAAAAAAGAGAAAAAAAUAUAUUUCGUUUUUGGGAUAUUUGUGCGCUGAGAUCAUGGGGAGCUCUGAAGGGUUGGGAACGCCGGCGAAGGAACACGGUGUGACGAAGCCCAUAUCAAUGGCUGGCCCAACGGUUACUGAUUUGCAAAGGACUCUCGAAUUAGAAAAGUUUCUCGCUGAUUCGGGGCUUUACGAGAGCGUGGAGGAAGCUGACAAGAGAGAAGAGGUUCUUCACCGACUUGAACAGAUAGUAAAAAAUUGGGUGAAGCAACUAACCCACCUAAGGGGAUACACUGAUCAAAUGGUGGAAGAUGCGAAUGCUGUCAUUUUGACUUUUGGUUCUUAUCGGCUUGGGGUUCAUGGUCCUGGGGCUGACUUGGACACUUUGUGCAUAGGGCCCUCCUAUGUAAACCGGGAGGAGGAUUUUUUUUACACAUUGCAUGAUAUCCUAGCUAACAUGGAGGAAGUCACAGAAUUGCAACCAAUUCCAGAUGCUCAUGUCCCAGUUAUGAAAUUCAAGUUUGAUGGAAUAUCAAUUGACCUCCUUUAUGCUAGUAUUUCUCGGUUGAUUGUACCUGCAGAUUUGGAUAUAUCUGAUGUCUCUGUUCUACACAAUGUUGAUGAGCCUACUGUGCGAAGUUUGAAUGGCUGCAGAGUUGCAGAUCGAAUUCUAAAGCUUGUACCUAAUGUUCAGCAUUUUCGUACAACACUUCGUUGCUUGAAAUUCUGGGCCAAAAGGCGAGGCAUUUAUUCCAAUGUGACAGGUUUUCUUGGUGGUGUUAACUUGGCAAUUCUUGUUGCUCAAGUGUGCCAGUUUUAUCCAAAUGCAGUUCCAAGUAUGCUUGUUUCUCGUUUCUUUAGAGUGUAUACACAGUGGGGGUGGCCAACUCCUGUUAUGUUAUGCCCAAUAGAGGAGAAUGAGCUUGGGUUUCCUGUUUGGCAUCCUCGUAAAAAUCCUCGAGACCGUUCCCAUCAUAUGCCAAUUAUUACUCCUGCCUAUCCUUGUAUGAAUUCCAGUUAUAAUGUUUCUACAAGCACACUUCGUGUUAUGAUGGAACAGUUCCAAUAUGGCAACCGGAUCUGUGGGGAAAUAGAACUGAACAAAAGUUGUUGGAAGGCUCUGUUUGAACCAUACAAAUUCUUUGAAAGCUAUAAAAAUUUCUUGCAAGUUGACAUAGUUGCUGCUGAUGUUGAUGACUUGCGUAGUUGGAAAGGUUGGGUGGAAUCACGCCUUCGGCAGCUGACUUUGAUGAUUGAGCGUGACACCUUUGGGAAGUUGCAGUGCCAUCCCUAUCAUCGUGAGUUUAUGGAUACUUCAAGGCACUGUUUUCAUUGUGCUUUCUUUAUGGGUCUGCAGAGGAAGCAGGGAGAGGUUGUUCAAGAAGGACAACAAUUUGAUAUACGAGGGACAGUUGAGGAAUUUCGGCAUUCUGUUAAUAUGUACAUGUUCUGGAAACCUGGGAUGGGCAUUUAUGUUUCUCAUGUUCGCAGACGGCAAAUCCCAUGCUAUGUGUUUCCUGAUGGUUAUAAACGAUCUCGACCAUCAAGACCAACAUCACAUGAGAAUCAUAAAUUAUUUCAUGAAGAGGAGGUUUCUCGGGCUGUACAUGAGAGAAUUCGUAAGAGGAAGAAUGAUGAUGGGGUGGGUGUGAUGCAGAAUGGUUUAUUGAAAAGGAAAUCUACUAGUCCUCCUGAGAAUAGAUUGGCAAGACACAACAGCCUUGGUGCUGGUGGUUUCUCAGUUGAUGCUGUGUCUGAUAGUCAAGAAUUGAGAAAUGUGGAGAGCAAUCAUUUGUCAAACAGUGGUCAAGAUGAGUUGGAUAGAACAGAGUCUCCUGAACCUGCCUCAAAUUCUAGUGUUAUUACAAAUGAUGGUGGUUCUUCUGAAGACAAUGGAUAUGUAUCAAGGGCAGGGGGUGUUGAGAUGAUCGACAAUGUGCGAUUUGAGGAUACUACUUAUGGGAAUGAUUCUGUUUCACCUGUGAAAAACAGAGCGGAAAAUGGAAAUGAAGUAUUAAAUGAGCUACAGGAGCAGUUGCAGCCAAAUGCAAUGCUAGGGAUGGUUAUUGAUUCCGCUGGAAAGCUUCAUUCAGAAGCUGUGCAAGAGCCGGUGAUAAGGAGAUUGAGUCUAGCCUCGACAGUGUGAGAGAUAGGUAGCAAUGUCUUGAAGUGGACAUUUGUGCAGUGGGGAAAAGAGGAGAGCCAGCAAUUUGGGUAAGUACUAAUUUAAAUGCUGGCUUUCAAUUCUCUAAUUUUUUCAUUCAGGCUUGCUUGGCCAUUCAAGCAUGCAAAUUGGAACUGAUCCGCAUCAAGCUGAAAGAUCAAGCAGCCCUUUGUACAGUUUGCAUUUUUUUUGCUCUUGACCCAACUAACUUCUCUAGAGUUUUGUUUAGGAUUUUCCCUAAACAUGAUAUAGGGGCAUAUUUGAAAGGCUUUUGCUAUUGUUUGGUUUUUUUUUUUCCUUUUAAUUUCUUUGUUUUCCUUUUUUAUAGUUAGAGUCUGGGGAGGGUUGGGGGGGUUGUUUAGUGUUUUCUAGCAGAAGGGACUUUAUGUGCAACUUUAUUCUGAUAUUGUACUGCCUCUCAGAGGUUACCAUAUAAAACUUGAUAAUAUGGCAACUGCGAAUGCGAUCUUAACUAUC